GUUGCAUGCAUGCAACAGAUGUCGGCUAAUAAUAACAACCUGCUGCGCCUUUAAGAGGAUGACUGAGAAGGAAACCUAAUAUCUCUCCAUAUCGAGCUCAAGUCUUCAUCAAUUAACAGUGAGAGCCGAGACGAUAUGUGAAUCUGUCCCUGUGCUCUGUCUCCAAACCUCCACCUGCUUUUUGUUCAUGUUUUUACGCAUAAACCGGAUUAAAUUACGCAUUGCACCUUUAAGAAGCUGUCACCGGGAUUAGAGUUACGCGCAGCGACCCGGAGAGGUUUUACGCACCGUCGGUUUCCAGGGAAGGGUCUCCUUCAGCGACAUUUCUCCCUCUUGUCUUCUCCUUCUUCUUCUCUGGUCCGGACACCGCCGGGGAGCACCUCCACGCCGCGAGGACAUGGCCGAGACAGGGAAAGGGGUCACCGCCGGGAAACUGGCCAUCAACGUCCAGAAGAGGCUCACCAGAGCGCAGGAGAAGGUCUUGCAGAAGCUCGGCAAAGCAGACGAGACCCGAGAUGUGGCCUUUGAGGAGAUGGUGUCCAACUUCAACAAGCAGAUGAACGAAGGAACCAAACUGCAGAAAGACCUGAAAGCCUACCUGACAGCAGUGAAAACGAUGCACGAAGCGUCGCGGCGGCUUCAGGACUGUUUGGCCGACAUGUACGAACCUGAGUGGUUUGGCAAAGAGGAGAUGGACGCGCUGGCAGAGGACACAGACACUCUGUGGUUAGACUACCACCAGAACCUCACGGACAAAUCUGUGACCUGCAUGGACACGUACCUGACUCAGUUUCCUGAUAUUAAGGCUCGUAUAGCGAAGCGCGACAGGAAGAUGGUGGACUUCGACAGCGCCAGGCAUCACUUCGCCUCCUUACAGAAAGGAAAGAAGAAGGACGAGGCCAAGAUCGCAAAGCCAGCAGCCCUGUUGGAGAUGGCGACUCCCAGCUGGGCUCAGGGUUUGAUAUCAGCCCACCAGGUGGCUCAGACUAACCUCUCCUACAACCAGGCGGAGGAGGAGCUGGGUCGAGCUCAGAAGAUCUUUGAGGAGCUGAACGUGGAGUUACAAGAUGAGCUUCCAGCAUUGUGGGACAAUCGUGUUGCCAUCUAUGUUAACACAUUCCAGGGUCUGGCCGGUCAUCAGGAGAGGUUCCACAGGGAAAUGAGCAAGCUCAGCCAAAACCUGAACGACAUCAUGACCAAACUGGAAGAGCAGCGGCUGCAGAAAAAAGAUGGUACUGCAGCGGCAAAGACAGAAGAAGGUGCCAAGAGUGAGGAAGCCAACCACAGCGAAUCAGCCAGCUCACCACCAAAGAAGCCCGGUCCUCCUCCCAGUCGUCCUCCACCUCGACUGACGCCGUCUCCGGACCUGAGACAGCAGCAUGUCGACGUGUGCGAGGAUGAGACCUCUGUGCCUGACACUAACACAGACUCCGACACCACAGCGACGCCGCAGUCUGAGCCCUGGUCAGGGGGGAACCUGCUGGACUGGGAUGUGGAGGUAUUACAGCCCAUCACAUUUCCAGCUCCCAAGGCGGCAUCAUGGGCCUCGUGGCAAGAACAGACCGCCGCAGAGCAGGAGCCCCAGCACGAUGAAUACCCAGAGGAGGCCCAAGGUGGCUGGGAUUAUGAUGAUAGUAACACCCAGAGCAACGCCCAGCCCAGCUGGGACAACGCAGGAGCAGCUCAGGGUCAGGAGAGCUCGAACGACGACGUAGUCUACACCGCUCAGACGUACACCGAGCCCAACUGGGGCGACGACAGUGCCCAAGUGGGACAGGGUGACUGGGGCGAUGAUGGAGAGGCUCAGAGUGCGGUCACCAAUGGCUCGGAUGGCGAACUCCCUCCAGGAUUCCUCUACAAGGUAAAAGCGAUACAUGAUUACGCCGCCACUGACGGCGAUGAACUGGAACUGAAGAUGGGCGAUAUGGUUCUGGCUUUGGCCUUUGACAACCCAGAUGAACAGGACGACGGCUGGCUCAUGGGCGUGAAGGAGUCUCACUGGGUGCAGAACAAAGAUAUUUCAGCCAAAGGCGUUUUCCCGGAGAACUUUACCCAGAAGGUGUGAGGUUCACACCACAUAAAGAUUCUCCCCUCCUCUUGUGCCCCGAACUCCUCAGAUAUUUAUCUGGUAAAGACACGGUCGAAUCGUCACUAAAUGUCUAUUUACACACCGAAAUGUAUCGGUACAUGAUUAGAAAUAUGUACUGAAAUACAAGUACAUCUCAAUGUUUGAUACCAAAUGAUUUGUUUGUGCAGUUCAAAACAGUGCCAGUUAGUUUAACUCUUAUGAACACAUUUACACAAACCUAAUUGAAUAAAUAAAUGAUAGAAAAAGUACGUUUUACCCCGACUCACUACCAUGUGGUAAAUGAUCGUCAAAUUGUACACCCAAAAUUAAGCUUAUUGAUUUGUUUUUGUUUUGAUUUCUUAUUCCUGAAUUAUUUAUACUUUUGCUGAACUCAAAUGAAACAUAAAACAAUGUGCUGGCAAUAUUUAAAAAGGACAAAUAAGUCAUGGAUGUACUGUAUGAAUGUCAGAAUAUUUGAUGUUAUGUAUUGUCAAUGGCUGUGGAAAAAAUUAUGUUUUGAGAACUUUUCCCAGUUCCUUGCAUGAAGCCUUUGAUUAUAUCGUAAUUUACUUUGUAACACAACAAACACUGUGACACCAAGUGGGAUCGCUCUGUGAAGUGUGGCUGUGAUUGUCUGAAAAAUGCAGGUGUCCAAGAAUAGAGCCCUGGAGAACACCAUGGAUAUAAACAGCAUAUGUUUGUGGGGCUUUGUUUUGCAUUGUCAAAAUCUAUCUAUAGCAGUUUCUUGGGCUUGUAGGAUUAUCAAAGGGAACAGUAGUUUUUCAUUUAUUUUAUUGGCCAUUUUGAGGACAUGACUUGUUGUGUGGCUUACAUUUUCUAAUGCACAUACGGUUUUAUUUUGAUUUUUGAAUCAUCUUUUCAUUGAUGGAUAAAAAAAACCUUAUCAUCAAACUCAGCUGCUGAUUUUUUUCCUUCGUCUACUUUAGUUACCAGUACUGACUAUUUACCACUAGUUGUUUUUUCCAGUAAAUAGGUUUAGACCGCACUUAAUACUUCCAUAACAUCAAAUAAGUCAGUUCCAUAAGUCAAACCAAUGCAAAGGGUAUUUUUACACUGUGUGAAAUUAUUGAAUAAAGAAUCAGUCCAAGUGGUAACUAAUGCACCAUCUGCUGAAUCAAAUCAGUGUCAUUAAAGAUGAAUGAAACAA